UAUUCAAGAAAUUGUUGUUUUUGAUUUUGUGUUGAUUAAUUGAUUAGCUUUUUUAAUUUAGUUCUAUUAAUAUUUAUUGUUUUUUAUUUUAUUUUUAUAAAUUGAUAUUCAUGGAUAAAAGUGGAUCUCGUUGUAUUGCUGCUGGAGAUCAUUUGUUUAUCUUUAUACAUGCUAAACAAAUGUAUCCAUUGAAAGUGGUAAUUGGUGAAACUUUUCAAACAAAAUUUGGACCAAUUAAACAUAGCGAUUUAAUUGGAUUACGUUAUGGGACAAAAUUAACUCUUUCAAAGGGUUGGGUUUAUGUUUUACAAUUUACACCAGAGCUUUGGACAUUAAAUUUACCUCAUCGGACUCAAAUAUUGUACUCGACCGACAUCAGUAUGAUCACUUGUUACCUUAAUCUAAAACCGGGAUCAGUGGUCAUUGAAUCUGGAACUGGAUCAGGAAGUUUAUCCCAUGCAAUCAUGAGAACCAUAGCACCAAAUGGUUACCUUUAUACCUUUGAUUUUCACUUGGCCCGUGCUGAUGAGGCGAGAAAAGAGUUUCAUGAUCAUGGUUUGUCCAAAUUAGUUACCGUCGAGAAUCGUGAUGUUUGUUCAAAUGGUUUCGGUCAUCAAGGAAUCGCCGAUGCCCUUUUCCUUGACCUUCCCCGUCCAUGGGAUGCGAUACCUUUUGCCCAUGAAGCCAUGAAGUCUAACGGUUCACGGAUAUGCUGCUUUUCCCCAUGUAUUGAGCAAGUUCAAAAAACUAUUCAAGCCCUGGAGUCAUUUUGUUUUGUUGAUAUCGAAACAAUUGAAUUAGUUUUACGUCCUUAUGAAGUUAAAACAGUUAAAUUGGAUAAGUUUAAUUUCACUUUAGACCAAGAUAAAGAUAAAAGCUCUUCGAGUAAAAAUGAUGAUGGUGCCAUCGUAAGCUCAUCAGAAAGAAAGAGACUGACCAAGAAGAAGGCGAUUCUUCAAGAGUGGACAUUCAAGAGGGAGAUUUAGCAAUUGAAGUAGAAGUGGACACUAAAAAUUGUAGGAAAAAAGGUGAAAUGUUGAAAAGAUUAGCUGAUUGUACAGUUAUUCCAACAAUUCAAAUAGCUGGACAUACAGGAUUCCUUACAUUUGGUACCAAAAUUUAACAUUUUAACUGAUUGACCGUUAAUCAAAUGUUUGGGAGGUAUUAUCUCUUAUGAACAACAAUAUUUUGAUAUAAAACAGACCGAAAAUGCUGGUGGUUUCUCUCUAUCCGUUUGUUUGGUCCUUCUAAUUGCCAAUAUUCUUCGUAUCUUCCUUUGGUUUGGUAAACAAUUUGAAGGUCGAUUCACCGUUUCCGGGAUUUGAUCCAAAUCACUUUUGUAAUUGGAACGAGUUUUUUUCUUAUUUUGAAUUUGUUACCUCUUUUACUGUGAUAAUGGGACUUUUAAUUUACACGACGAUAUUGUAUCCAACCUGACAACGACCUGUAAAUACUGAAAAGAUAAUCAAUUUUAUUCACAAACAAACGAGUUGAUUGUUAACUCUUCAUCUCUUGACGUUGCAAUUAAUUUUAACUCUCCAACUUGAUGAUAUUGAACAACAAAAAAUAAUAUUAGUAAAAGUCAAUGUACAUUAUACAAGUGACAUUAUUUUGUGAUCAUUAACGAGUUUGAAAUCUCAAAAUGAAUUAACACUCAUUAAUCAUUUACUCUCUUGAUUGUUUGUAAUAUUAUGUUAACAGUAAGUAAUAAACAUGUAGGAGUUAAUCUUGAUUCCAGAAAUGUUCAUUAGUAAA